ACGAUAAGGAUGUAUAUAUUUCAUUGCCAUCUAUGUUUAAAUUGUGAAACUAAUCGCUGUUACAUUUUGGAGAAUAGUGAUCUGUUCUUUUAGUCAGCAUUUUUCACCGUAAAAGUUUCUGAAAAAAAUCAGAAUAUGGGAGACCGGACAGUACAAGCAAAAUCAACUGAAAAUACAGACGUCAAUCAAGAUGAACUUAUACUUCAACAACAGAGACGUAUUGAAAAAGAGAUACAAGAAACAAUUUCGUUGGUUGGCGAAAAAGAAUCAUUGAAAGCAUUAGAAAGUGAAUAUACAGAAGAUGAUAUAUAUUUAUCAAAGGCAAGGGCAUUAGCUCAAAAAUAUUCAUUCUUUAGAAGAACAAGACCAGAUGGCAAUUGUUUCUUUCGAGCUUUUAGUUAUGCUUAUUUAGAAAAACUUAUUAAUAAUAAAGACGAAUAUGAAAAAUUCCGAGAACUUGCACGUAAAAGUAAAGAAAAUCUGGUUGAGUUAGGAUUUCCCCAAUUUACUGUUGAAGAUUUUCAUGAUACGUUUAUGGAAGUUAUUGAUAAAGUUGGUGGGGAUACAGAUAAUAGUUACAUAGAACUUCAUAAACUUUUCAAUGAUCAAGGAUAUUCGGAUUAUGUUGUUGUUUACCUUAGGCUAAUAACUUCUGGUCAUCUUCAAAGAGAGGCUGAAUUUUAUCAACAUUUUAUUGAAGGUGAUCGGACAGUUAAAGAAUUUUGUCAUCAGGAAGUUGAACCAAUGUAUAAGGAAUCUGAUCAUAUUCAUAUAAUUGCUAUGAGUACUGCGUUAAAUACUGGAGUACGUGUUCGAUACAUGGAUAGAGGUGCUGGUACUGAAGUAACAGCACAUGACUUCCCAGAGGGAUCGACACCAUCUAUUCAUUUACUGUAUCGACCAGGCCAUUAUGAUAUUCUUUAUCCUUGAUAAAUUUUUAUGAUUUGAAAAGUUAAAAUGCUAAUUUGUUACUAAGAGUGUAGAAUUGAAAUCUUCCUUUUAGUAAUUUAUACAUAAACUAAAAUUAAAAAAUCUGUG